CUCUCCACAAAGUAUAAAUGACGAUGACUGAUAAUCAGUCAGGGGCAGACGUCCCUUUUGUUGCGCCCGUUAUACAAGACAAUGCGACUGGAUGGGGACCUUGCGAAGUUCCCGACCAAUUUAAGGACAUGCCGUACCAGCCCUUCAGCAAGGGAGACCGUUUGGGAAAAAUCAGCGAUUGGACCGGAGCCGCCUUCCAAGAUAAGAAAUAUGCGAAUAAGUAUACCUCUCAGUUCGGCUCUGGCAGUCAGUAUGCUUACUUCCACGACGAAGACGAGAGCACUUUCCACUUGGUUGAUACCACCAGGGUGCAGAAGCCCCCAUACCAACGUGGACGGUUCCGCGCCAACCAACGAAACAUGAGAGGUAGGGGUGGUAGAGGUAAUUCUCACCAGUCAGGUGGGAUGCAAGCUCUUGGCAAAGGCCUCAAGGCAAGGGAUACUUAUAAGAGGAGCCAAGUGAAGAGAUGGGGGCAAGGACGUCCUCAAAUGAAAAUCAGAGAUGCAUCAGUAACAGUUAAACCAGACUGGAGUACCAUUGAAGAAAUGGAUUUCCCUAGACUUGGGAAAUUGUCCUUACCUGGGAUCAAAGAUGGUGAGGAUAUCAAAUGUUGUGGUGAACUGGAAUACUAUGACAAGACCUAUGAUCGUGUUAAUGUGAAGAAUGAAAAGCCACUUCAAAGUGUUAAUAGAAUAUUCCACACAGUUACUACCACUGAUGAUCCUGUUAUCCGUAAACUUUCCAAAACUGAGGGUAAUGUUUAUGCUACUGAUACGAUUUUGGCCACCAUCAUGUGCAGCACCAGGUCCUUCUAUUCUUGGGAUAUUGUCAUUGAAAAAAUUGGGGACAAACUUUUCUUUGAUAAAAGAGACAACACCGAAUUCGACCUCUUGACGGUAAACGAAACAGCAAUGGAACCACCCCAGGAUGAUGGCAACUCUUUGAACUCCCCGAGAAAUCUAGCUCUAGAGGCCACAUUCAUCAAUCACAACUUCAGUCAGCAGGUGCUGAGAACUGGUCCAAAUGAACCUCGUUAUAAGUUUGAUGACGUAAAUCCGUUCAUUUCUGAAGAAGAAGAAGGCGAGGUAGCUAGUGUUGCUUACAGAUACAGAAAAUGGGACCUCGGUGGUGGAAUUGUCCUUGUGGCGCGAUGCGAGCACGACGCCGUGGUCCAAUCGCCCAACAAUGGCGAGCUGCAAUUCUUGACCGUCAAAGCGCUGAACGAGUGGGACUCGAAGGUGGCCAGCGGCGUCGAGUGGCGCCAGAAGUUGGACUCGCAACGGGGCGCCGUUUUGGCCAACGAGCUGCGCAACAAUGCGUGCAAGCUUGCCAAGUGGACGGUGCAGGCGGUGUUGGCUGGCAGCGACCAGAUCAAGUUCGGGUAUGUGUCUCGAGCCCACGUCAAGGACAACAGCAAGCAUGUGAUAUUGGGUACGCAGCAGUACAAGCCUCACGAGUUUGCCACCCAAAUCAAUUUGAAUAUGGAUAAUGCCUGGGGGAUUUUGAGGUGCAUCGUGGAUAUAAUCAUGAAGCAAAAGGACGGAAAGUAUUUGAUAAUGAAGGACCCGAACAAGUGCAUGAUUCGUCUGUACGACAUUCCCGACAACACUUUCGAGUCUGACGGUGAAACGGAGUCUGACGACGAGGUGCCGGAAAAUUCCGGGGCUUUCCCCUUGUACUCGUACAAUACCAGUGCCAAACGCAUAUGAUAGAGCUAUUCUAGGUCGAUAAAUUUAAUUCAAAUGGAAUACGUCCUGUUUUAGCACUAAACUGUUUGUAACUGAAUAAUACAUGAUACACGGUUUUGGAGG